AUGUUAGCUAGUAUGCAAAAGCACAUGCAGAGUAGGGAUGCACAAAUUGAUUCGAUCUCAGCUCACAAUAAAAUCAUGGAUAAUCAAAUUGCGCAACUUUCCUCUACUCUAGAAACUCGCCAGCAGGGAGUCCUACCAUUGCAGCCAGUACAACCUAUAGAUCAUGCAAAUGCAAUUACUCUGAGGAGUGGUUCACACUAUGAUGGGCCUCCUAUGCCUAAGGAUGAUGAACCUGUUUUAACAAAAAUUGCUAAUCCUGAUUCUUUUAUACCAAAUGAUCUUGUUACUGGCCCUGGUACAACUUCAAAGAAAGUUACAACUCAAGACAAGAGUGGAGAUGUACAGAAACCAGUUAUCAAACUACCAUUCCCUAGUAGACAAUUGAAGACUAAGUUGGAUAAGCAAUUUGGUAAGUUUCUAGAGGUUGUGAAAAACUUGCAGGUAACAGUUCCUUUCACAGAGUUAAUUACGCAAGUUCCUGCAUAUGCUAAAUUUAUGAAAGAUAUUUUGACUAGGAAGAGAGCCUUUAAUGAGGUAGAGACUGUAGCUUUUACAGAGGAAUGUAGCGCUUUAUUACAAAAUAAAUCUCCACCUAACUUAAAGGAUACUAGCAGUUUUUCUAUUCCUUGUCAUAUCGGUAAUGUCUUCAUUGAUAAAGCAUUAUGUGAUUUGGGUGCCAGUGUUAGUGUUAUGCCAUCGUCUGUGUGUUCAAAGCUUAAUAUGGGUGAUUUAAAAGUUACUAACAUUACUUUGAAAAUGGCAAACCGUUCUGUUAAAUACCCUUUAGGUAUUCUAGAAGAUGUCCCUAUUAGAGUUGGUAAAUUUUUUGUCCCUAUUGAUUUUGUUGUUUUAUACAUGGCUGAGGAUACACAAAUUCCUAUAAUAUUAGGUAGACCUUUCCUCCAAAUUGUAGGAGCCAUUAUUGAUAUAGCUUACCACAGAUCCUUGCAAGGGGUCCCUUGGAGGAAGAACUUUGUGGUGAUUUUACUACAGGUGAUGCUGGAAUUACACCCUGUGAUCAUUAGUACUGCACUUGAUGACCUACAAACUUCCCAACUUCUUGAGGUUCUUCGAACCCACAAUAGGGCAAUUGGGUACAAAAUUGAUGACCUCAAGGGUAUUAGCCCUGAUUUUGAAGGAGUGGUUCUUGGUCAUAUUGUAUCUGAUAAGGGUAUACAAGUAGAUAAAGCUAAAAUUUCUGUGAUUGAGAAAUUACCUCCACCAGUUAAUGUUAAGGGAGUUAAGAGUUUCUUAGGUCAUGCAGGGUUUUAUUGUCGCUUUAUCAAAGAUUUUUCUAAAAUUGCUAAAUCACUAACUUAG